CUAUGCCAUAGUUUGUGUCGAUCUCUAACAGCUUUCUUCGUCUUUGCUUACAGGUCACGAUCAUUGGAAACCAGUUAACAUGCAUCGACACGGGAGGAGCCAGGAGGGUGAAGACUUAAACCUCGGCAACUCUUCAACACAACAGUCCCAGAUGCAUUUGCUUUCCAUCUUCAUAGCAUCGGUCUCUAAAAACUUGAUUUCCAAUGCUUUAAACUCAACAGCGGCACUCUUUCGUUCUUCGAAGUCAGAAUCCUCAACCAUUCAUGCUUCGAACACCAAGCUCUCUUCUUCCAGCGCUCUGACAUUCCCACCAGAAAAUUCCAAAACUACUAUCCAUAAACUAGCCUUGAGCUCCAGGCCAGGCCCAUCCUCGACACUCAGAGGUAUACACACUUUCCUCCUUCUCUUCCUCCUCCUGGCCUCUUGUCCCAGCUGGGCAUCCUCGUCCUCUACUCGUAGGAUGAACUCUCGAUUCCUCGACCUUGGUUUCAACGAACACUUCUCCAACUACACUCAGGUUUACCGAGCUAUAGACGAAGGGAUGAGAGACCCCCGGCGUCUCAACGCUGCCUUCAGGAGCGUGGACUUGGGUCGCUCUCUCAACGUCUUCGACGUGGCUCGGGCCAUCGUCCCAGAUGAGACCGACAAUGAGAUAUCUCACGAUGCCCUUGUCCUCCUCAUGAACGCACUCCUGCAGGACAAUUCCAUAGACGAGGACUUAGGUAACUACAUCGCUGGGGAGGGAGACGCCUUGCACGUCCAACAGCCCCCCACAAGGGCGACAGUGGCUUCCCUCCCCACUCUUGGUGGUGUCUCCAGCCCUACAACAACAACCACCACCACUACCACCACUACCACCACUACUACCACUAUGUUGCCCAACAUUACCCAGACCAGAGGCAUUUUUGACUUCUUGGCCAAUCCCUUCGCUAUCCCGCAGAAGUGCUGGUACAAAAGUAAUCAGUAUGACUGCGGACUAUCGGUUUCCUGUGUGUUCCAGGGCUCUAAACCCAUCGAUUUGUGCUCCGGGGGCAUGAUAUGGUCAUGCUGUGUGCCCCGAAACAAGGUAGAUGCGGUCGACGACAAUCUUGGAGCCAUCGGUAAUGACGUCAGUCCCCAUCAGUUCUUCAGCGAGUCCAGCCGCCCCAGCUCCUCCUUCAACCAUCACAGCAAUCGACCCCUUGACAGACCCUCACACUUUGAUUCUGACUUUGAAAACGACGAUGAUAGCUUUUUCCCCAAUACACACAGACCCUCUUCUAUUCUCAGACCACACCGGCCUAACGAUAGACCUCACAGACCGCCCCAUAGACCACCGCGGCCGCCCCCUUUCCGUCGACCAGAAACUGCGAGACCUAUUCUCGACUUCGACGAUAAUUUUAGUAGUUUUAAUCGGCCGCAAAAUACCUUUAAUCACUUUGACUCGUUUGACAACCGACCUCUCGACUUCCCACGCCCUGGAUCGAGUCGUCCACGUCCACCAUUUUUGCCUGCUGGUCCUACCGGGUCUGCUGUUAAUCCUAAUGGGUGCGGGGAGACGUACACGCGUACCAACAGGAUCGUGGGAGGCAGCGACGCGGCCUUCGGGACCCACCCGUGGCAGGUGGCCAUCAUCAAGGAGUCCUUCCUCAGCAAGCGUAUAGCGUGUGGAGGAGCUCUGCUCAACGAGUUCUGGGUCAUCACGGCCGCUCACUGCGUCUACUCGACGCCGAUCAGUAACAUGAAGGUUCGUCUGGGGGAAUGGAAUGUGAGGCAACAGAGCGAGAAGUUGCCUCACGAGGACUUCGAUGUCGCCAAAAAGGAAGUACAUCCGCAGUACCAGGCGGCCGAUUUCCAGAACGACGUAGCGUUGGUGAAAGUCACCCGGAAGAUCGUCUACAAGGAGCAUAUCAUUCCUGUGUGUCUACCGACGCAAGGUUCCUCUUACAUUGGGGAGUAUGGUACGGUCACAGGAUGGGGGCGUCUCUCUCAUGGUGUGUCGUCGACGCCAGAGGUGCUGCAGGAGGUGGACGUGGAGGUCCUGAGGAACGAUGUGUGUCAGUCGUGGUUCAAAGCUGCCGGCAGGAGGGAGACCAUCUACGACGUGUUCCUCUGUGCUGGCUACAAAGACGGUGGCAAGGACAGCUGUCAGGGGGACUCGGGUAGUCCGUUGACCCUCAUGAGCAAUGGCCGUCGUCAUCUCAUUGGUCUAGUCAGCUGGGGUAUUGGAUGUGCUCGCCGUCAUCUGCCUGGAGUAUAUACUAAUAUUGCCUUAUUUUCUGACUGGAUAAGGAAAACUAUACAAACUUGAGAUUCCUUAGAAAUAAUAGGAAUUUUGUAGAAUAAAAUCUUAAUGCUUUUGUUUGUUACUAUUUAUGUUAAAGUGUUUUGUGGUGCUUCAAGUGUCACAGAAAUACAAGUCAGGGAUGUGUCUUGUAGAUACUAAUUUUUUUUUAAUAUGCUCAUUCGAGAAUUUAAUAUUUAUCAUUCUUCCUUGAGUUGACAUAAGAUUUAGCUGUGAUAGGAAGGUAUCAUUAGUGUCAGGCAUUAGCAUAAUUAUUCUUGUACCAGCUAGCUCGUCUGAUGCACUCUCACGUACUGUAUUGUACAGUACUGUAUUUCACUUCUCAGUGUGGUUACCAUACAAGGAGCUGGAUCUCCGAUACCUUUGUAAAUAAUAGUACAUUUUUAUAUCACCAUCUAUACACACUGUACAUAACUUGUACACACACUUUUUACCUAUUGUGAGUGUUUGCAUUGUGUAGCUACUUCAUAUCCUUUGUAAAACUUCUGUAAUUAAACUAUUUUUCAAUAA